AUUACCCACUUUAGUUUCUCAAGUUUAUUUCUUCAUGUAGGGUCCCGUGCUAGUCCCAUACGAAAGCUUUAAAACAUUAGAUUUGAAAAAUAUAACCUUUAUUUCGAGCCCAUAUAUAUUUUGCUUAACGACAAUCUCUGAUACAGUAUCCCUUAGUUUAUUUUUCAUACAAUGCCUGAUUCAAAAGACUCAGCCUCCUCAGUCAAGGCCUCUACGGAUCCCUACAGUACUCUUAAUUCAGAAAGGCGGUCAAGGGCCUUGGUUCUUUUCUUAUCCUUAAUGCUUCCUGUGAUUGCAGCUAUAGUUGUCUACCACCUUGACUCGUUCGACGCGGCUCCUAUGCCCCUCCAAGAGUUGAGUCAGCCCCCCGAGCCGGCCUUGCUGCGUAACGAUCGCAUGCUACUAGGGGCAGAGUUAUUGGGCGUGGGGAAGUUUCAGGGGCCGGAAGAUAUUGUGUAUGAUUCAAUGUCAGAGGUCAUCUACACGGGCUCUGGAGAUGGAUGGAUCAAGCGAGUCUGGUUGAAUGAGUCCGCCAGUGACACGGUGGUUGAGAACUGGGUCAGGACCGGGGGUAGACCGCUUGGCCUUGCUCUAGGACUCAACACUGAAGUCAUCGUUGCCGACGCUUAUAAGGGGCUAUUAAAUAUAAGUAGAGAUGGUGCUAUAGAGCUGCUAGCUGAUGGAGCCGAGGAUUUGAAAUUCAAGUUAACGGAUGAUGUUGAUGUAGCAGAGGAUGGCAUGAUCUAUUUCACAGAUGCUUCCCAUAAGUAUAGCUUAAACGAAGUGAGACAGGACUUUUUUGAGGGCAGGCCUUAUGGUCGACUUAUAAGCUUUGAUCCCGUCUCCAAACGAACCGAAGUGCUGUUAAGUGAUCUCUACUUUGCUAAUGGAAUUGCAGUGUCACCUGAUCAAGAUUAUCUAGUAUUUUGUGAAACCACCAUGAGGAGGUGCAGAAAGUAUUACAUCAAGGGCAUGAAAAAAGGAAAUGUGGAAAAAUUUAUCGAUAACUUACCAGGGAUGCCUGAUAAUAUUAGAUAUGAUGGAGAAGGCCAUUACUGGAUUGCAUUGGUCACGGAAAAUACACUGUUCUGGGAUUUAGCAUUCAAGCAUCCAUUGGUUCGAAAGACAGCGGCAAUUAUUGAGAGGUUGACUGGGCGAGUGAGUACGAUGAAAAAUAGUGGGGUGUUGGCCGUCGACAUUGAUGGAAAACCAGUUGCACAAUAUCAGGACGUUGAAUUAAAUUUGGUGACAACUGGGAUCAAGAUAAAGAACCAUCUAUACUGCGGUUCCUUCUACCCUUAUAUUAUCCGCCUCAAUCUGGAUAAAUAUGCAGCGCAAGCGAGGUCUUGACAAUCCAAUAUUGAGCUAUUCUAGAGGAUGGAGUACUGCUUUCUUUUCUUCCUAAAGAUUGAGUCACGUCUCAAUGGUUAGUAUGGUAUUAAUAUAUGAGGCUUUGUAUUUCCAUUUCUCCGGCUACAGGUGUCAUCUCAACAUGUAUAAAGUUGUUCUAGUGAUCAUGGACAACUUCAUCUAUAAAAUAAAUUUUUGGUUGGUAUUCUAAAUAUAUCAACAAUUAAGACGGCUACCAACUAUAUAUUAUCUCGCCACAUAUAUACUCUUUCCUGAAUAAAAGUGGGAGUAAUAUAGACGAAUGAUUUGAAA